AUGAAAACUCUUUUCAAAUCACAAGGAGUUUGGGAUUUGGUUGAAGUAGGCUUCGUGGAGCAAUCAGACUCUGACGAAGAGACGGAAAAAUUGAAAGAGAUAAAAAAGAAGGAUGCCAAAGCGCUAUUCCUAAUUCAACAAGCAGUCCAUGAUACAAUUUUUUCAAGAAUUGCAGUAGCAACUACAUCUUCGCAGGCAUGGAAGAUUUUGAAGAAGGAAUUUCAAGGUUUAGCUAAGGUGAUUACGGUAAAAUUACAGACUUACCGUCGUGACUUUGAAACUCUUUCUAUGAAAAGUAAUGAAUUUGUUCAAACUUAUUUGUCUAGAGUUUCUUCUCUUGUUAAUCAAAUGAAGUCUUAUGGUGAAAACAUAUCUGAAGAAACGGUUGUAGCAAAUGUUUUAAGGAGUCUUACUUCAAAGUUUAAACAUAUUGUUGUUGCGAUUGAGGAAUCUCAUGACUUAUCUUAUUAUACUUUUGAUGAACUAAUGAGUUCUUUGCAAGCUCAUGAAGAGAGGCUCCUAAGAUCGCAUGAAAAAUAUGAAGAAAAGACAUUUCAAGUGAAGGGGGAGUCCAUUCAUCAGAAAGAUAAGCUAGAAAACUUUGCAAAUCGUGGAAGAGGCAGAGGUGGUUUUCGAGGAAGAGGCCGUGGAAGAGGCCAAGGAAUAAAUCAAGAUAGAGGAGGAUCAAAUGAAGAGAAGCAGGCUAAGACGUUUCUGUGCAACUACUGCAGAAAAUCAGGUCAUAAAGAAGCUUAUUGUUGGCAAAAACAGAGGGAUGAGAAUAACCAAGCAAGCUUUGUAAAGGAAAAUGAUGAUGACAGUAAGUUUGGUUGUUCCAAUCAUAUGUAUGGAACAAAAUCAUUGUUCAAGGAGCUCGAUGAGUCAAAAAAAUCAGAUGUAAGGCUAGGAGACAACAAGAAGAUUCAGGUUGAAGGUAGAGGUACAAUUAACAUUAUGACCAGCCAAGGUAAUGCUAAGAUUUUAGAAGAUGUGAUGUUUGUUCCUAGUAUAUCUCAUAAUUUGCUUAGCAUUGGACAACUAAUGAUUAGCGGAUACUCAAUUUUCUUUGACGAUGGUGUUUGCACUAUUAAAAAUAAGAAAUCUGAGAAAAUCAUUGCUAAAGUUCCAAUGGCUAACAAUAAAAUGUUUCCUCUAGAAGUUUCAAUGGUUGAGAGGUGUACUAUGAGAACUCACAGCACCUUAUACACCAAAGCAAAAUGGUGUAGCAGAACGAAAGAACCGCACAGUUGUCGAGAUGAGCAGAAGCAUGAUGGAAGGUCUCGUACUGAAGUGUUUUUGGGCUUCAGAAUUAAGGAAUUGAAAACAUUUCCAAUACCGGCAGCAGCUCCCGCUGAAGCAAUUGUAGCAGCUCCUGCGCCGAUUCAUUUUGCACCUUCUAAUCUUACAUAA